AUGCCAGUUUAUAUGACUGAGAUCACACCAAGAAACUUAAGAGGUGCUGUUUCUUCCUUCUCCCAGUUAUUCGGGAUCGUCGGAUCAUCAGUGUUUUAUGCACUUGGUACAGUCGUCGCUUGGCGCAAUUUAGCAAUUCUAGGAGCUGUUCCUUUUCUUGUGAUUUUUCCUCUUCUUUUCUUUAUACCCGAAUCUCCUCGAUGGCUAGAAUACACAGAACAUGUUAAACAGCAACAAGAUGGUGACCGCGGGUUCUUCAAGCUAUUUCAAAGAAAAUAUGCGUUCUCACUGACUAUUGGAGUUAUUCUUAUAGCUUUGCCUGAGCUUGGAGGAGCUAGUGGUUAUAGCUAUUACACUGAUUCCAUUUUCACCUCUACCGGUGUAUCAAGUGACUUUGGCUUCAUCUGGACAUCUCUAGUUCAGUUGUUGGGAGCUAUUUUAGGUACACUGCUUGUGGAUGUAUCUGGGAGACGUUCACUCCUACUGGAGAAUCGUUACUGGGAAACAGGAACACCUAUCUUGGCUCUCAUUAGUGUCCUGGUGUAUUUUGCAUCAACCGAAAUAGGCAUGUCAUCAAUACCAUGGAUCGUAGCAGCAGAGAUUUAUCCAGUAGACGUGAAAGGAGCAGCGGGAACAGUUUGUAACUUGGUCGCUUCUAUAAGCGCAUGGCUUGUUGCUUAUUCCUUCAACUUCUUGCUUCAAUGGAGUCCCACAGGAACAUUUCUGAUGUAUGCUUUGGUAACUGGCCUUGGCUUUGUAUUCAUAGCUAAGCUUGUUCCAGAGACCAAAGGCAAAUCUCUAGAAGAAAUUCAAUCUCUUUUCCACUGA